CGUGGCAGGAGCGCCGGGUCCUCACCACUAGUGUAAUAACGGCUCGUUUAUGAGGAAGGAGCAAGGACUUGUGUGUUGUUUGACGGAUAUUGUGUCUUGGUGAACAGUGAGUAAUUCCAACGGAUUGGAAGGAAGGUUGAAGGAACUGAAUAUUUCUCUUACAUUGCUUCGUCAUAUAUUACAACAAGCAAACUUCAGUGAAAUGUUUCAUUGAGGAAGUUUUGAGCUAAUGCGACAAUAGUCAUCGAGAACGGCCGCUAGUUUCCUUGGCAUUGAUAAGUGUACAUAUUUCAUUUUAUAGUUUUGUUUAAGAACUGACAUGAAUGAAUAAAUAUAUGCACUAACCGUUGUACUGCCGUCAGCUCGUUGUAUGCGGUAAGCCCUAUAUGUACACAUGAAGUGAUAAGAGCUUCUAUUGAGUUGUCGACUUGAGUAAAUUUGCAUACGCAACUUGAGAAUUUGCAGGAAUAUGAAGUAUUUUUUGGGUAUUGGUAUAUUGAUUGUGGUGUUGGGUGGGCCAGUACUACCUGCUGGCGGCCCUGCCCUAGACAUGGCCAGGGUUAUGUUCCCUGCUGGCAUCCACCCGGCCACUUAUCCUCCAAACUUUCAAGCUUAUACGUCUGAAGUGGACACCGACGACAACCGCUUAUAUGGAAGCAGGCAACCGGUAACCAGUACUAGACAUGUUGACGAAGCCCACAACGCUACACACGGGCAACACACUCGAUUGGAAACCUUGAAACGCAUAUUAGAUGGCGAUGCUGCUGAUGCAGAGAUCAUCCAGUUCUAUCGGCUUACACGAGAGUUCUCCAGCAUCCGCGACCUUCUAAAUAACUUUAAGCUGAGAGAAAGCGAGGCAAACGUCUUGCCCGCCGGCAGAGUGUCUGGUAUGGGUGAUGGACAACGGCGAUCACCGACUGGCAAGAGGAAGGUGGAACACACUGAACAACUUGACGACGACGACGACGACGCCGCCAACUACGAUGCUCUUGGAUGUGGCAUGAGCAACGUGCAGGCGAGGAUCCUCGGGGGAAAGCUGUCGUCGUCAGGAGACUGGCCCUGGCAAGCUGCGCUCGUCCACGUGCCCUCCAAGUCAGCCUUCUGUGGGGCGUCCCUUAUCGGCAAGCAAUUUGUCCUCACCGCUGCUCACUGCACCAAUGUGCUGUCGGUGCGCCACAUCAAUGUGAUGCUUGGUGGUCACGACGUUACUCUCGACACGGAGGAAGGUCGACAAGUCUACUCCAUCUCUCAUAUUAUCCUUCAUGAAAAGUUUAAUGCCAAGAACCUGGCUAAUGACGUGGCUCUCAUAAGGCUCUCGGAGCCCGUCAACAUGACCCACAGGAUACGUCCUGUGUGUCUCCCAGAUACCGACUGGGACGUUCCGCUGGCUGACGGAGCUGAUGUAGUGACUGGAAUUGUAGCUGGUUGGGGCCUUACCAGAGAGGGAGGACUCCCAUCCCCGGUUCUUCUCCAGGUCAAUCUGCCGUUCCUGAGGCUUGAGGAGUGCAGACGACGCUAUGAAGGAAUCGCUGCAAUCUCGUCGAAAAUGCUCUGUACUCUCCAUAGCUUUGCUGAUGGUGUUAGUAAAGACUCUUGCAAGGGUGAUUCUGGCGGUGCCCUGAUCACGGAGGACGCAGGAGGGCGGUGGACGCAGGUGGGCAUCGUCAGCUUCGGGUACGGGUGUGGGCGCCAGGGGUACCCCGGGGUGUACACCAGGGUCACCCAGUACCUUGCCUGGAUAUACCUCAAAAUUAUUCAGCUGGACGCUGAAUCAGAGUCCUGAAGUCUUAAGUUACUAGCAAUUGUGAACAUAGCUACCUAUCAUUUGGCUUCUAUGAUUUAAGUAGAGAAACAUUCCUGUUUUAACUAGUUUAUUACAUGGUAACUAUUUGAAAUUUGGUUAAUUUUUUGUAAAAUAAUUUUAUUAAUGGAAAGACAUUGUAAUUUUCAAAUUUUGGUGUUCUCUCCAAAUACACGAAACUUGAUGAAAUGGUAACAAAUGAUUAGUUCCAUGUGAUUUUAGUGAUUUUUAGCAAUAUGCUAAUAAGUUUGUUUUUAAAUUAAAUAAGUGUUAAAACUAUUAAAUUGCUUGAGAGAAAAGGGAUAUAUUCUAUUUCAAACUAGUUUACAAAUUAAAGAUUUUAAAUCUAAAUGAUCUUUUUCCAUGACUGGGGGGGAUGGGAAGAGAUCCUAGUUUCCUCUCUAGUACUUUAUCCUUGUAGAUGGCAAGUAAAACUUCAAAAUGAUUCUGAUGCAUGUCAGGUCCUCGGCGAAAUAGACAUUACCAAAUGUUAUACAUUUAAAUUCUAAGAGCAAUUCUGGCUGUUAGGUUUAUUUUUGCAUUUGAAUUAUUUUUCACCGCCAUUACCUCCCCACUCCCUCCCAGCGGAACAAAAAAUUAAAAUUUCAUAGAUGUUGGGGGGGGGGUGGGGGGGGGCGAAUGAACAGUCGUUAGGAUUUUUGCUUGACGUUGGUCCCUGGUACCAAACCACUUGACUUCAUAUUGUUUCGAGCACAUUUGCUUAAGCAUUUUUUCACAUUUUCAGUUGUGUAUAUAUAUAUUAUAUAUUGAAAUAAUUUUAAAUGGCUGAAGUCUGGAACCAUAGACGAAAUGACUGAACCUGAUAUUUUAAAUUUAAUUCAUAGUACGUGUUGAGUGUCUCGACAAUGAUAUACAAUAGACGAGGUAAACAGUCACUUGCCCUAUGCUUCCAGACCUGUUAGGCACUUUUCUUAGAGUAGUAAACGCAAAAGUUGAUGUAUAUUUUUGCCUGAACUUGAGAUUCAUUCAAUGUUUCUAUUUACUAUCUGUUGUAAAAUGACACAUGUGACUUGCAUUAAAUUUGUUUUAUUAA